AUUCUGGAGUGGGAGCGUGGACGUCAAUUAAUUUUAUAGAUAGAAUGGAAGGGAAGAAGGCGUACUUGGCGGUGACUCUGAUACAAACUUUGUAUGCGGGCAUGUUUUUGGUGUCCAAAGCAGCCUUCAAUGACGGCAUGAACACUUUCAUCUUCGUUUUCUACAGACAAACCGCUGCCACUGUUUUCUUACUCCCCAUCACCCUCUUCCUGCACCGGAAGAAUGCGCCGCGGCUUUCAUUUCUGAUCUUCUGCAAGAUUUUUAUGCUGGCUCUAUGUGGGAUUACUUUAAGCCUGGACGUGAAUGGCAUCGCCCUGGUGUAUACUUCACCAACCUUGGCCGCUGCCACUACCAACUGCCUCCCUGUCAUCAUCUUCUUCUUCGCUGUUCUACUCCGGGUUGAAGUAUUGAGGUGGAGGACAAGGGCUGGAAUGGCAAAGGUUGGAGGCAUACUAAUUUGCUUGGGGGGUGCUGCCAUGCUUGCCUUGUAUAAGGGCCCCCAUUGGACACUACCACAGUUGUACCAUUAUCAUAACAGUCGUCAUCAUGACCAAACCCACGUUGCUUCAGGGAAUUCAUGGAUUAAAGGUUGCAUCCUCAUGCUCACCUCCAACGCCCUCUGGGCUUUGUGGAUUGUGCUCCAGGCAGGAGUUUUGAAAAGUUACCCUUCCAAGCUUCACUUCACAACUCUUAAUUGUCUUUUAAGCUCAAUUCAAUCAUUUGUCAUUGCCAUUGCUGCGGAAAGAGACUUUAAUCAGUGGAAGCUAGGUUGGAAUCGCAACCUCAUUGCUGUAGCAUACUGCGGUAUAGUAGUGACAGGAGUUACAUACUACUUACAAGCAUGGGUUGUCGAGAAAAAAGGUCCAGUUUUUCUAGCCAUGUCAACUCCUUUGGCUUUUGUUCUCACCGUCUUCUGCUCAACUUUCUUAUUAGGUGAUGUUAUUAGCUUGGGAAGCAUAAUAGGUGGAAUAUUGCUGAUUGGAGGACUUUACAGUGUUUUGUGGGGGAAGAGCAGAGAACAGCAAAAGAUGACUGAGGUUGCCAAUUGUGCUCUACCAGUUCAAGAAUGUGGAAAAGAAUGCACGGAGUCAAGCCUAAAAGAAACAUCUGCAACUGAGAGCACCCAACCACCAUUUCUUGUGUGACCUUAUUUCUCUUUUCAAAUAUUGAAUAGCAUACAUAGAUUGAUCUUUGACUACGAUCACCUGUAUUAAUUCAAACAAGAAUAACUUGGAGGAACCAGUGUGUACUUCGGGAAAUCAUUUUAAUACCUAAGUUUGGGACCA